AUGUUCAAGGGAAGUUCCAUCGGUGCCUUGGCGAUUGGUGCGCUGGCCACCACCGCACAAUGCCAGCAACUCAGCUAUGAAGACAGCGUCACAGCUCUGGCAUACGGCAAUGUGGCCACCGAUCCCUCUGCCGAGGGAACGGUAUGGCUCAAUGUUACUGGGUUUGCUGUGGAUAAACUUCCACACAUCCAGGAGGACCUGGGAAUCCACACUUUGGACAAUCUCGAGACGCUCAACGCCAUCGCCGGCCUUGCACAAGACGCCGCGACCAAAGGCCAGUGGGGAGACAUCGUCUACUUGUACAGUGCCUUCGCGAUGAAUGGCCACAGCGAGUAUCUCAAUGUUUCGACUGUAGAGAUGCAGGAGUCUCUCCUGGAUGCCAUCACAGACCAGGAUAGUGGCAGAGUUGAUCCCCAGCUGGCCGAGCUUUACGCCAGUACCUCCAGCUCGAAAUUCCUGGUUGAAGCCUUCCACGGCCUCAAAUCGAAGACAAGCACUCCAAGCAAACGCUGGCUUAGAGAGACUUGUUCGAAUGCCCACCUCGCUGUCAAGAACUCUUGUCGAAGUCUCCUUGAGAAUGUUAGAGGCAAUGCUACGUGGAAGACAGGCAGCCCCCGGAGUAUCUGCAAAUAUGGUUGCUGUAUCAGUUGGAGUGCGAAUGCCACUUUCCAGGUUGAAAAUCUCACAAAUGCUGCCAACUAUUGCAUCAACGCGUGUGGUACCAGCAAUGUCAGUUGUGAGGUGUAUGGUGUCAAGUUGCAAGGGACUCUCGUGGAUCAGUGUUUGAGUAACAGAGCAACUGGUUGCAGAUAA